CACUUGGAAAUCAAACUGCUACUGUGGGUAGCAACCACACAAUCCCCUUUAAUAUUACAAACGCCCAUAGCUACAAAUUCUACCUGGAUGGACAAGGUUUGACAAUGGGGGAAGGGCUACACUACGAUGUUGUCAGUAGUGGAAACUUGCUGAUCACUGGAGUGAACGAAAGUGAUAACGGAGAGUACUCAGUUGUUGCAACAAAUUUCUAUACACACAUGGAUGCAACAAAAUCUGUAUAUCUCACUGUCAUCCCUAAAGAGAUUAAAGUGAGCCAGAAAUUUGAUUCGACAGGAGAUACUUUCAGGACUACUCCUAAUCCGGAUAUUGAUACCACAACAAAGUCACCAAGUGUAGGUAUUUCACCAGGCAACUCAUCAUCUCUACCAGCAGACAACACAACAGAAGGUCCAAGUCACAAGCCACCUCACAAUUUGACUUGGGAAAUACUCAUUGCAAUUGGGUGUUUGGUUACCCUAUGCGCACUAAUAGUUGCUGUUGUUGGUUGUCACAAACUAUUGUUCUCCCGACCUUCAACAGGUCAACAUGACGUGAAGCUGGAAGGUGAUGAGGAGAACAUAGAACACCAUGAAAUGGACGUAAGAGACGAGAAAAGAAACGCAGAAGACGGUGAAGAAGACACAGGACAACAUGAACAAGACACGUGUAAUACAAUGAUCAAAGAGGAUCUACGUAAACUUGGUGACAAACUAGAGAAAGUAGAAGGAAGAAUGAUGGGAAUGGAUACCAAAAUGGACGAUUACCACGAUGAAAUAGCAGGUAUUUUAACGGAACAACCACCAUCUAGUUGAAAAAGGGUAAUGCAUUACACGCAACUGUUGGUUGAGUUGUUAUUAGUUAGCAUAAAGCUGCUCUGUUAUUGAAACUCUUUGUACAUAAAAUCUUAUUAUUAAACAGUUACUACACCUACAAUUAGACCCGAGCAUCCC